AUGGGUUUCCAACGAUGCAUGCAAGAAAUUGCAAUUUAUAGAAAGUUUGCAAAUGGAGAAUUCAUCAUCGUUGCGGUUUAUGUAGAUGAUUUGUUCGUGAAUGGAGCAAGUUUAGAGUUUAUAAACCAAUUCAAGAGACUAAUGGCGUUACAGUUUGAAAUGUCGGACCUUGGUGAACUAACUUGCUACUUGGGUAUUGAAGUAUUGCAAGAAAAUGGUUGUGUAAAGGUGAAGCAAGAGAGUUAUGCUAUGAAGAUUCUAAAAGAGGCAGACAUGCAAGAGUGUAAUGCAACUCAAUGUCUGAUGGAGCUAGGACUAAAGUUGUCAAAAGCUGAAGAUGAACUAGAAGUUGAAGCUACCCAUUAUUGGAAAUUAGUGGGUUGUUUAUGA